AUGAAGGUGCUAAUCGCGUUCGCAUUAUUCCUGGCUGCAGUUAUACCAUUGGAUGGAGAGAACAACGUCGUCAGCGGUGAUGAUAAAAAAUCAAGAAAGCAUUAUGGGUUGAGUUAUCAUAACAAAUGCAAAGAUUUUGUUAAAACUUUUACAUGCAUGACUUCAUGUAAAAGCAUUGGCUUCCAAGUAUUUAGGAUGGAUUUCAAAUGUAAAUGUUAUUGUCACGAGUUGAAGACUACGACAAUAUUACCUUUCUUUAAGUGGCGAACUAAUGGUACCACGAAGACCUGGGCAAAGACUCAUAGCCCGAGUUUAUACCACGUUAUUGGCACCCUGUCGCCUGCGACCUAUCCUGACUAUGGAGACCUGGAGGGUAAUGAUACAAUGGCUAACGACACGAGCACUGGUAACGACACGACGAGUGUCGCAGCAGGCGGCGAGAACAGCACGGAGGCGGCGGGCGGGGGCAGCACAGGCGAGAAUGAUGGGGCCGGUGGCAACGGCACCGAUGGCACCGGUGCCGUUGCCACCGAUGGCACAGCUGGCGCAACAACGUAG